CACCGCAAGGGAGUGAAAGAUCAGUUCCAGCUUCCUUUCCUCCGUAACUCUCUCCUCGUCACGCCGCUACCCCAUCUCUCGAUCAUUGUCCCGCCUCAUUGUCUGCAUCAUCCUCUUUAAUACGCCUUCGUCUUCGUUGUAAUACCUACGCUGCUUUUUUCCCUUUUCCAGGGCGGCCUUCUUUCGCUACUCAGGAACCUGCGCCAUUACAACCUAUAAGAGUACAAUCGAGGCAGACAUUGACCUUAUAAUCGACCUAUCCGACCUUUCCCUCCGUCGAUCCUCCCUCCUCCCAGUCGCACUCUCGUCUCCGGACGUAAAAUUACCGCCAAAAUGCGUCCCGAAGUCGAGCAGGAGCUCGCCCAUACCCUUCUCGUCGAGCUGCUAGCAUAUCAAUUCGCCUCACCUGUGAGAUGGAUUGAAACCCAGGAUGUGAUCCUUGCAGAGAAGACGACUGAGAGGAUCGUUGAAAUUGGUCCAGCAGAUACUCUUGGUGUUAUGGCAAAGCGGACAAUCGCGUCCAAGUACGAAGCUUACGAUGCCGCGAAAUCCGUGCAAAGACAAAUUCUUUGCUACAACAAGGACGCAAAGCAGAUCUACUACGAUGUAGAUCCCGCGGAGGAUGAGCCUGAGCCGGCAGCUGCGACAAGUGCACCCGCCGCAUCUCCCUCAGCUCCAGCCCCAAGUUCAGCGCCGGCGGCAGCAGCCCCUCCGCGACCGCCACCAAGCGCUGGGCCAGCAGCACAAGUUCCAGAUGCACCUGUUACGGCCGUGGACAUUGUGCGAACCUUGAUUGCACAGAAGCUCAAGAAGUCCUUGUCAGACAUCCCAUUGAGCAAAGCAGUUAAGGAUUUAGUUGGUGGUAAAUCUACCCUUCAAAAUGAAAUUCUGGGAGAUUUAGGCAAAGAAUUUGGCUCGACGCCCGAGAAACCUGAAGAUACCCCUCUAGAUGAAUUGGGAGCCUCGAUGCAAGCGACUUUCAACGGACAGCUCGGAAAGCAGUCCUCAUCACUUGUUGCGAGGUUAAUCUCCUCAAAGAUGCCGGGUGGUUUCAAUAUCACCGCAGCCCGAAAGUAUUUGGAGACGAGAUGGGGCCUUGGUCCCGGCAGACAGGAUGGUGUUUUGCUCUUGGCCCUCACAAUGGAGCCAGCUGCACGUCUUCCCGCGGAGAACGACGCCAAAACAUUCUUAGACGACGUUGCACAUAAAUAUGCUGCUAAUGCUGGGAUCAGUCUCGCAGCACCAGUGGCAAGCAAUGAUGGUGCUGGAGCUGGCGGCGGAAUGAUGAUGGACCCCGCUGCCAUUGACGCGUUGACAAAGGACCAGAGAGCCCUUUUCAAACAACAACUCGAGCUCUUCGCGCGAUACUUGAAAAUGGAUCUCCGAGCAGGGGACAAGGCGUACAUUGGUUCUCAAGAAUCGCAAAAGACCCUGCAGGCUCAAUUGGAUCUCUGGAACGCGGAGCAUGGCGAAUUUUACGCUACAGGUAUUGAGCCCGUCUUCAGUGCUCUCAAGGCCCGAGUCUACGAUUCCUCCUGGAACUGGGCACGUCAAGACGCCCUGACUAUGUAUUACGACAUUAUCUUUGGCCGGCUGAAGGUUGUCGACCGUGAGAUUGUCAGCCAGUGCAUUCGCGUCAUGAACCGAUCCAACCCCACACUUCUGGAGUUCAUGCAAUAUCACAUUGAUAACUGUCCGACUGAGCGAGGCGAGACAUACCAGCUCGCCAAAGAGCUCGGCCAGCAGCUUAUAGAGAACUGCCGUGAAGUUUUGGAGAGCCCACCUGCCUACAAAGACGUUGCAAUCCCCACUGGACCCCAUACAACCAUCGAUGCCCGGGGCAAUCUGGAUUAUACAGAAGUCCCAAGAGCUAGCGCUCGGAAGCUCGAGCAUUAUGUGCGCGAAAUGGCUGAUGGAGGAAAGAUUUCAGAGUACGGCAAUCGAACAAAGGUUCAAAAUGACCUCGGCCGCAUUUACAAGCUUAUCAAGCAACAACACAAGCUCUCCAAGGCAUCUCAGCUUCAGAUCAAGUCUCUUUACGCCGAUGUCAUCAGAUCACUUGCCAUGAGUGAAGGGCAGAUCAUUCCCAAAGAGACCAACGGUAAGCUCAAUGGUCAUGCCAAGAAGAACGGCGUUGCUCGUCCUGGCAAUGGAGCAACAAAGGCUGGAAAGGUUGAGACUAUUCCCUUCCUUCACCUCAAGAGAAAGGAUGAGCAUGGCUGGGAGUACAGCAAGAAACUCACCGGACUUUACUUGGAUGUUCUAGAGCAAGCCGCCAAAUCUGGCGUCACGUUCCAGGGCAAGAAUGCCUUGAUGACUGGUGCUGGAGCUGGUUCGAUUGGCGCUGAGGUUUUGCAAGGUCUGAUCAGUGGCGGUGCUAAGGUGGUCGUCACCACCAGCCGUUUCUCCCGGGAGGUGACAGAGUACUACCAGUCGAUGUAUGCCCGGUACGGCGCGCGAGGCUCUCAGCUUAUUGUUGUACCAUUCAAUCAGGGCAGCAAGCAAGAUGUCGAAGCCUUGGUCGACUAUAUCUAUGAUCCAAAGAAAGGCCUGGGAUGGGAUCUCGACUAUGUCAUACCUUUUGCCGCCAUUCCUGAAAAUGGUCGCGAAAUCGACUCCAUCGAUUCCAAAUCCGAGCUUGCUCACCGUAUCAUGUUAACAAACCUACUACGUCUGCUUGGUUGUGUCAAGACUCAGAAAGCCGAACGAGGCUUCGAAACUCGUCCAGCCCAAGUUGUUCUCCCUCUUUCACCCAACCAUGGCACCUUCGGAAAUGAUGGUCUCUAUUCCGAGUCCAAAUUGGCGUUGGAAACCCUGUUCAACAGGUGGCACUCAGAGAGCUGGGGCAACUUCCUCACCAUCUGCGGUGCCGUUAUUGGGUGGACUCGUGGAACUGGCCUUAUGUCUGGUAACAACAUUGUUGCUGAAGGCGUCGAGGCGUAUGGCGUUCGCACAUUCUCCCAGCAAGAGAUGGCUUUCAACUUGCUGGGUCUUAUGGCACCUACGAUUGUGGACCUCUGUCAGUCAGAGCCUGUCUUCGCUGAUCUCAACGGUGGCCUUCAAUUCAUCCCUGAUCUCAAAACUCUGAUGACCAAGCUCCGUAAGGACAUUAUGGAGACCAGCGAAGUCCGCCAAGCGGUUACCAAGGAGACUGCCAUUGAGAACAAAAUCAUCAACGGAGCAGACAGUGAAGCGCUUUACAAGAAGGUCACCAUCGAGCCUCGUGCGAAUAUCAAAUUCGACUUCCCUCCCCUUCCAGACUGGGAGAAGGACGUCAAACCACUCAACGAAGACCUCAAGGGCAUGGUUGACCUUGAGAAGGUUGUUGUUGUCACUGGCUUUGCUGAAGUUGGACCAUGGGGUAACUCGCGUACCCGAUGGGAAAUGGAGGCGUACGGUGAAUUCUCUCUUGAAGGCUGCGUGGAGAUGGCCUGGAUCAUGGGUCUGAUUAAGAAUCACAACGGACCAAUCAAGGGCAAGCAGUACGCUGGAUGGGUGGAUGCUAAGACUGGAGAACCAGUUGACGACAAAGACGUCAAGGCCAAGUACGAGAAGUACAUUCUCGAGCACUCUGGUAUCCGCCUGAUCGAGCCAGAACUCUUCAAAGGCUAUGACCCUAACAAGAAGCAGCUUCUUCAAGAGGUUGUUAUUGAAGAAGACCUUGAGCCAUUCGAGACUUCGAAGGAGACUGCCGAAGAGUUCAAGCGCGAGCAUGGCGACAAGGCUGAAAUCUUCGAGAUUCCAGAAUCUGGUGAAUACAUUGUCCGUAUGAAGAAGGGCGCUAGUCUCAUGAUCCCCAAGGCACUCAAGUUCGACCGUCUUGUCGCUGGUCAAAUCCCUACAGGUUGGGACGCCAAGAAAUAUGGUAUCCCGGACGACAUCAUCUCACAAGUCGAUCCCGUCACCUUGUUUGUUCUCGUCUGUACCGUAGAGUCACUGCUGGCCUCCGGUAUCACGGAUCCAUAUGAGUUCUACAAGUAUGUCCACAUCUCAGAAGUUGGUAACUGCAUCGGUUCCGGUAUUGGUGGUACUUCCGCAUUGCGAGGCAUGUACAAAGAUCGCUACUUGGACAAGCCACUUCAGAAGGACAUCCUUCAAGAAUCCUUCAUCAACACUAUGAGUGCCUGGGUCAACAUGCUGCUUAUUUCAUCUACUGGUCCCAUCAAGACCCCCGUCGGUGCUUGCGCAACAUCUGUGGAGUCAGUCGAUAUCGGUUACGAGACCAUUGUGGAAGGCAAAGCUCGUGUUUGCUUCGUCGGUGGUUUUGACGACUUCCAAGAAGAAGGGUCUUACGAGUUCGCCAACAUGAAGGCUACCAGCAAUGCCGUCGAUGAGUUUGAACAUGGCCGCACACCCAAGGAAAUGUCAAGACCCACUACCACCACUCGAAAUGGCUUUAUGGAGUCUCAAGGUUGCGGUAUCCAGGUCAUCAUGACUGCCAAACUUGCUCUCGAUAUGGGUGUCCCCAUUUACGGUAUCAUUGGUCUGACCACCACUGCCACCGAUAAGAUUGGACGAUCAGUACCAGCACCUGGUCAAGGUGUUCUCACUACUGCUCGUGAGAACCCUGGCAGGUUCCCGUCGCCUCUCCUCGAUAUCAAGUAUCGUCGCCGGCAAAUCGAGCUCCGGAAGAAGAACAUCAAGCAAUGGCAAGAGGCGGAGCUUGAGUACUUGCAUGAGGAAAUUGCUGCUAUGAAGGCACAGGGUGCCGCAUUCAACGAGGCAGAAUACGCUGAACACCGCGCCCUGCACAUCGAACGCGAGGCAGCUCGCCAGGAGCGGGAAGUUCUAAACAGCCUUGGAAACAACUUCUGGAAGCAAGAUCCAACCAUCGCACCUCUCCGUGGUGCUCUUGCUACCUGGGGUCUUACCAUCGACGAUCUUGGCGUCGCCUCCUUCCACGGUACUUCGACUGUUGCCAACGACAAGAACGAAUCUUCUGUCAUUUGCCAGCAGCUGAAGCACCUUGGCAGAAAGAAGGGUAAUGCUGUCAUGGGUAUCUUCCAGAAGUAUCUGACUGGUCACCCGAAGGGUGCUGCCGGUGCCUGGAUGCUCAACGGAUGUUUGCAAGUCCUCAACAGCGGUUUGGUGCCUGGAAACAGGAAUGCCGACAACGUCGAUGAAGUCAUGGAGAAAUUCGAUUAUAUCUUGUACCCCAGCCGAAGCAUCCAAACAGAUGGUGUGAAGGCAUUCUCUGUCACCUCAUUCGGUUUCGGUCAGAAGGGAGCUCAAGCUAUCGGUAUCCACCCCAAGUAUCUUUUUGCGACGCUUGACGAAGCCACAUAUUCCGCAUAUUGUUCCAAGGUUCAGUCUCGACAAAAGAAGGCGUACCGAUACUUCCAUAACGGCUUGAUCAACAACUCCUUGUUCGUUGCCAAGACCACCUCGCCAUACACUGAUGAGCAGCAAGGAUCUGUUUUCCUCAACCCAGACGCCCGCGUAUCAGUCGACAAGAAGACUUCCACUCUUACGUAUCCUCCCAACUUUGCGCAGAAGGCUGCGCACAAAGACAGGACCGAGAGCACAAGGCAGAUGGUCGAGUCGCUGGCUAAAGGUGCCGCCACUGCUAACAACAAGGUUGGUGUCGAUGUGGAGGAUAUUUCAGCCAUCAACAUUGAGAACGCCACCUUCAUAGAGCGCAAUUUCACCGCCAAGGAGCAAAGCUAUUGCACACAGGCACCUAACCCGCAAGCUUCAUUUGCCGGGAAGUGGAGUGCCAAGGAGGCAGUCUUCAAGUCACUUGGCGUGGUGAGCAAGGGGGCUGGUGCACCUUUGAAGGACAUUGAAAUCACCAAUAAUGAAAAGGGGGCACCGAUUGUCAGCCUCCACGGUGAUGCCGCACAAGCUGCGAAGCAGGCCGGCGUGAAGGAGAUCAGUGUCUCGAUCUCCCACUCCGAUACCCAGGCAAUCGCUAUCGCAGUUGCUACAUUUUAA